CCCAACACUCCAGCCAGUCCCCGGUUUCCCUGACGACAGAUGCAUCGCCACCUCGGCCGUACGUCUCCCCUCGGAACGGCACACCCCAGAACAGCCAGAAAUCAUUUCUGAGCAGGGGCAUUCCGUCUUCAGGGAAGCAGAUGGCACCAUCUUUGUGUCUGACAACAGAAAAACGUCCAGAAGAUCCAAGAACUAUGCAGCAGAGAAGCAGCCAGGAGAUUGUGUGCACAGGAUCAAACGUAUCUGCCAUGCCUCAUGCGUCCUUCGUCAGCACCAUCCAGACCCAGUCUGAAGCCCCCAGCUCCUUCACUCCCUCCCUGGCAGCUCAUUUUGAUGAAAAUCUCACCAGACAUAUCCAAGGGUGGCCUUCAGAGAACACUGAAAAACAGGUGGCUCGGCUGCGGGAGGACUUCCACAACAUGGGCAGCCUGUACAUGUCUGAAAUCUGCACAGAAAUGAAAAACCUUCGCUCCCUGGUUCGAGUGUGUGAAAUUCAGGCCACGCUGAGGGAGCAGAGAAUCUUGUUCCUGAGGCAGCAGAGCAAAGAGCUUGACAAACUCAAGAACCAGAACUCCUACAUGGCGUGAGGACCUCAGAAGAAAAGACUUGGAUUUUCCUGUUAAAUCAACAAGCAAAAGAAGCUUAAAUGAUGACAAGCUGCUGCCGCCUGCUUAUUUUCUCUACUGUUUAAAAGAAAAAAAAAAGACAAGUCUUUGUGUUUUCUUCUUUUCAUUAGAACUUUACUUUCCAGCACAUGAAUAAUUUUCACUGAAAGGCCAAACUCAUGGUUCACCAAGUGCAGUCACUUCAACAGAGUGGACGCAGCAAACCUGAGGCUCUUUGCAAACAGCACCUUCUUGGACCAUGAACCUUGGAUCCUGUGUAUCCUUUUGGGUUGUUUCCUGGUGUGUUUUGAUGUGUAGUGGUGAGGACCAUCUUAUAACUAAUGUGGCAGUUCUUGGAUAAAGCUCUUCAGACUUCUGAACUGGACUUUGUUAUGCAUUUUAAAUGUAUAAAUUCAUUGCCACUGGUGUUACUGUUUGUUUUUUAUUUACUCUACUUAUAAAUUGUUUUGCCAUUCC